AUGGAGCAGAACAACAGCAAUGUAGAAGAUUUCUCCUUGAACGUGUUUUCUGUUGCUCCUUACCAGACAAACAGGUCUGAUGUCCUGGUGUCAGACGGAGACAAAGCUGGUGCCACUUUGCUUUUCUCAGGUGUGUUUUUGGGACUGGUGGGGAUCACUUUCACAGUGAUGGGAUGGAUAAAAUACGAUGGCAUUACUCACCUGGAGUGGACCCAGUUACUAGGGCCUAUUCUGCUGUCUGUCGGUGUGACUUUUAUCCUGAUCGCUGUCUGCAAGUUUAACAUGCUUACAUGCAAGCCCUGCAAAGAAAGAGAGGAAAACACACCGGACAUUGACCAGGCCGCAGGCGGACAGUCCUUCGUGUUCACCGGGAUUAACCAGCCCAUAACUUUUCACGGUGCCACUGUGGUACAGUACAUCCCCCCGCCUUACCCAUCGCAGGAAGGCAUUGCUGUGAAUCCGGGAUACCUGCACCCCGUGCUCGGCUGCUGCGGUGCCGCUCCCUCCAGUGCCUCCCCGAUCCCCAGCCCAGGCUCUGCUCACUUCUGCCCGGCCUACCCUCUGGACAAUCCAGCUUUUACUGGAGACGAGAGCUACACCAGUUUUCUUGCAGAGAAUACGAGAAACCAAAGGUCAGAGGGCAGUGCUGGUGAGCCAGAAGAACUGCUGGAAGACCACACCUGUGAAGACUUGUCACCUCCUCGUUACGAGGAAAUUUACCCACUAUCCUCAUAA